AUGGACAGUUUCCACGCUUUCGAUAUCGCUGCCACUGGCGCCCCUGGUCUGGCCAAACGGCAACAAGGAAUUCUUGCCAUUCCAACAACUUACCUUGGACUCAACUCAGGGCCGUCGCCGGGCAUUCUCGUAGCCAUCGUGGUGGGAGCCAUCGCUGGGUUUCUACUCAUUAUCUCCGCAAUCUAUGCAAUUGCCACGUUUGGAGGCGGGGCGUUCAACAGAAAGACUACCGUGGUCGAGGAGGACGUUGUGCACCACAGGGCCAGUUCUAGCGGGAGACGACAUAGUCGCAGAGGCUACCAGGACGACGUCUAUGUGGAGAGGAGGACUUCCAGACGGCCGGCAUCGUCGAGGAUCGUCCGUGAAACGAGUCGUGGUGAUGUUGAGGGCGAGGACAUAUCAAUUCCAGGAUGA